AUGAGUGUGCGCCAAGCUAGUAAACAAUUUGGUGUACCUCGAACAACUCUUAGUGAUAUUUUGAAAGCAAGAGUGCCAGAAAGGAAACGGCAAAUGGGACCUGAUCCUUAUUUAACAGUACCAGGAGAAGAGAAGCUAGUGUUAUGGAUUAAGAAUUUAGUGAAGUGCGGUUUUCCUCCUAAAAAAUAUUUUUUGCUGAAUACUAUUCAGAAAAUAGUAAAAGAUAGUAAUUUUAAAACUCCUUUCAAACAUGAUCGACCUGGAAAAAAAUGGUUAAAAUUAUUUCUACAGAGACACCCAGAUUUAAGUAUACGUCAGUCUGAAGGUAUUUCUAAAGGUAGAGCAGUAAUAACUGAAGAGUCAUUGAGAAAAUGGUUCAAAGAUUUAAAAAGUUAUUUAAAAGAAAACAAUUUGGAAGAUGUUCUUCAGGAUUCUACAAGAAUUUUUAAUGGAGACGAGACAGCGUUCAGUUUAUGUCCAAACACUGGGAAAGUUAUUGGUGCAAAAGGAUGGAAAAAUAUUUAUGAAGUUAAGAUGGGCAACGAAAGAGAAACUAUAACAGUUUUAUUAGUUUUCUCAGCAAGUGGGCAGAUAGCUCCACCAAUGAUAGUGUAUCCUUACAUUCGUCCUUCCCAAGAAUUAGUUAACAGCAUACCAGAAGAUUGGGUGCUAGGAAGAUCAGAAACAGGCUGGAUGAAAAGUGAAGUAUUUUUUGAGUACAUGGCGAAUGACUUCAAUACUUGGCUAGAUAAAAAUAAUAUAAAAAAGCCAAUAUUGUGCUUUGUUGAUGGUCAUAAGUCUCACAUGACGAUGCAACUAAGUCAAUUUUGUGAUAGUAAUGAUAUAAUUUUGUAUGCAUUGCCACCAAACUGUACGCAUAUCAUGCAGCCUGCUGAUGUAAGUGUAUUUAAGCCUCUAAAAACUGAUUGGAAAGACACAAUUAUGAAGUGGCAAGUAAAACCAGAGAAUGUUAAUACGUGUCUAACAAAAAUAACGUUUGCUCCACUACUCGCAGAAACUUUGAACAAUAAUGAACUAAAAAAUAGUAUUGUGAAUGGUUUUCGAAAAUGUGGUUUAUUUCCAUUUAAUGCAGAUGCUGUUGAUUACUCAAAAUGUGUACAAAAUAUUCUAGAAAAUCUAGCAGCUUCGUCGAGUAAUGAAAUUGAUAAAGCCAACUCUCUAACUCAAGAUGUAAAACAUUUACAAGCAGUUGUUCAAAAUAUAGCUCCAAAAUUAAAGGCUAGAGGAGUUAAUACUGACAUUAUUAUAGAAGAAAUUGAAAAAAGUCUCAGUUUUGAAAAAACAGAUUCUUUUGCUGAAUCACCAGAUGAGAUUGGUCAGUUUGAUACUGAAAAAACAGAAAGUACUAGUGAAAUAAACAUUGAUAAUGCUAUUCAAAUAGAUAAACUUGAUGGAUUGCCUGAGAUUGGUGAGUUUGAUUAUAAAACAAGAAAUACUGGUGAAAAAAGCAUUGAUAAUGCUAUUCCAAUAGACAAACUUGAUAGUUCGUAUGACAAGAAGGUUACUUUAAUUUUUCCAGAUGGUUCAAUAUCAGAAGUUCCUGUUAUUAACGUACUUCCUUCAAAUGAAUCCAAUCUUGAAUCCGUUCCUUCUCCAACAACAAUGCUUGGUAUAUCAAUUUAUUUUUCACGUCUUAUUACUAUUAUCAAUAUUUUAAAUUUCUCAAAGUGUCUCUUACAUGAAUCCACAUUUUAUUUAAUGUAUAUAUUAUUUUUAUUUUUUGAUAUGUCUUUUAGACAAAAACGUUAAUCCUGAUGGUACCUCUCCUUUAAACAGUCCUUCUAAUCCUAUAAAUAGUUCAAUGACUGUUACUGACGAACAGAGAACUCACACUCAACAUAUUAAAAAUGAGAAGGUUGACAUUCUCAAUAAAGCUUUCGAGAAACAUAUUUAUUAUCCAGCUCCAUUAAAAAGCAAACAACAAAAGGCACCAAAAGUUAAGCCUCCGAGUGCUAUCUCAUCAAAAUCGUGGCGUGAUUUUUACAACAAAAAAAUUGUAGAAAAAGAAAAUAUUGAAUUGCGAAAACGCCAAAAACAAGAGGAAAAAUUAAGGAAACAAGCUGAGAAUUUACAGAAAAGUAAAAUUAAGAAAGAGAAAGUAGAAGAAUGGGAAAAAGAAAGAUUGAAGAAGCAGAUUGAGAAUUCAGAAAAGAUUAAAAUAAAAAACAAAAAAAAAGUAGAAGAAUGGGAAGAGAGUAUAAAAAGUAAGA